AUGGCCGCGGCGGUGUCGCGCACAGGCCUUCCAAAUGCAACAAGCGCCCUGGCGAUGCGCGCUGGCGCGGGCUUGCUGUCGCGUGCCCGACUCGCACAACACAGCCGGGGAACCAGCACACGGCAGCACAUGGUCUGGCAGCGCUGUGGCGGGCGUGUGGGCUGGCUCUGGGCUGUGAUGGGCUGUGAUUCAUCGGCAGUCGCGCUCGGCGCGCUGCUGGGCACCGGGUCGCACACGGCCCUGGCCCACGGCGAGCUGCGGGAGUCGGCUGCAAGCCACAAAUCGUGGAGUCACAGCCCCAGCCGGCCUGCUGGCCCCGCGACUGCCCUGGCUGCUCUGAUCGAGAGCGCAAGACAAGCCAGGAGCGAGCAGGGGCGGCCCAGACGAGGUCCUCGCAGAGGCCGAAUCCGUGCUUCUGCGCGGCGGAAAAAGACCCGAGCUGUUGCGGCUGUGCAGCCAAAGUCAGCGCGGCCCGACAGCGACUGUGUCGGCAAGCCGGCCCAGCACGCAGCUCCUGGCGAUCCAGACCCUUGGCCAAUGGCGUAA